CAUUGACAACACUACAGUGAUGAACCAAUAGAGAGCAGCACAGCUUCCACUAUUUGAGAGCCAAUGCUUUGUACACAUCUAACUCUUCUGUCAGAGUAACUCAGAGAUCUCAUCUGUAGUGGACAGAAAUGAGUGAGAGGGCUGUAAGGUGGUCUCCUAAACCACAGGAUUGGGAAAAGAAGAACCAUCCUACAAAUCAGAAGUCAUCACAUGGGCUACAGACAUUUACAUUUUCAUCGUCUUAUUUGAUUGAUUCCAUUCUGGGCAAAGAUGCAACCAAAGACACUGGGAUCAACAGAGGAGUGGAUACCAUGGGUCCUACAUAUCUCAAAGGGACUGAGAGUCAAUCCAACAAGUCCAAGCAGAUAUCAAUAACACAUCGUAUUGCUCCUGAGGAGAACAAACAAGAUACUUCACAGCUACACGAAGAUACCAGGAUGGCGCUCCCAGUAAACACUAGUAGAGAGACAGAGGUGGGCUCCAGCAGAGACCAAAAAGAGCAGCUGACAGCAGAAAGUCUAGGUGGACACAACAUCAACUCAAGGAAGCAACGACUUUAUCGAACCACCUUUACUCAUUCCCAGUUGGACCAACUGGAGAGGGCUUUCUGCAAAUCUCAUUAUCCAGACUUUUUUGCCAGAGAAGAACUGGCGACACGUCUAACUUUGACGGAGGCAAGGGUCCAGGUGUGGUUCCAAAACCGCAGAGCCAAGUGGCGUAAGCUUGAGAAGUCUGGCGUUUUGAGCUCGGUCCCUGGGCUACCUCUAACCAACCCCCUGAGCCUGUACUUGGAUGUCCCCCUGCACCAGGCCUCUGUGGUGGAGCCAUCCUGGGGGGGAACCCCACAUACAGUCUCUCUAUAUGGGCCUGACUCUGUGGGAACCCUGGAUAUUGGCACUCUGGCCUGGGUCUCACUGUGUGGACAUCCUCUUAUCCAUCCAAACUUCAGCAGGUUUUUAACCGUGAUGAAUCCUUUGGGUAACACUCCAACCCUGAUGACCAAAGCUACCAGACCAUCCCAGACCAGACCAGCUGCCAUACUGGGUAAUGACAGGAGGCUACUGCCCACACCAAGCAGCACUAAGUCCACAGACAGUAGUCUAACAGAUUAAGGGACAUUAUCCAGUCCAUCUUGUCCAUGCUUGGUUUAUAUUGGUGCAGUGUUUUGUUAGCUGAAUGUCAGCAGCAUCAGAUUCAGUUCAAAUGUUUGUAGUGUGUCCUGUAUGAUUUAUUGAUUUAGUGUUUGUAGUGUGUCCUGUAUGAUUUAUUGAUUUGGUGUUUGUAGUGUGUCCUGUAUGAUUUAUUGAUUUAGUGUUUGUAGUGUGCCCUGUACCAUUUAUUGAUUGAAUGUUUGUAGUGUGUCCUGUAUGAUUUAUUGAUUUAGUGUUUGUAGUGUGUCCUGUAUGAUUUAUUGAUUUAGUGUUUGUAGUGUGCCCUGUACCAUUUAUUGAUUGAAUGUUUGUAGUGUGUCCUGUAUGAUUUAUUGAUUUAGUGUUUGUAGUGUGUCCUGUAUGAUUUAUUGAUUUAGUGUUUGUAGUGUGCCCUGUACGAUUUAUUGAUUGAAUGUUUGUAGUGUGUCCUGUACUAUUUAUUGAUUUAGUGUUUUGUAGUGUGUCCUGUAUGGUUUAUUGAUUUAGUGUUUGUAGUGUGUCCUGUAUGGUUUAUUGAUUUAGUGUUUUGUAGUGUGUCCUGUAUGAUUUAUUGAUAUAGUGUUCGUAGUGUGUCCUGUAUGGUUUAUUGAUUUAGUGUUUGUAGUGUGUCCUGUAUGAUUUAUUGAUAUAGUGUUCGUAGUGUGUCCUGUAUGGUUUAUUGAUUUAGUGUUUGUAGUGUGUCCUGUAUGAUUUAUUGAUUUAGUGUUUGUAGUGUGUCCUGUAUGAUUUAUUGAUUUAGUGUUUGUAGUGUGUCCUGUAUGAUUUAUUGAUAUAGUGUUCGUAGUGUGUCCUGUAUGGUUUAUUGAUUUAGUGUUUGUAGUGUGUCCUGUAUGAUUUAUUGAUAUAGUGUUCGUAGUGUGUCCUGUAUGGUUUAUUGAUUUAGUGUUUGUAGUGUGUCCUGUAUGAUUUAUUGAUUUAGUGUUUGUAGUGUGCCCUGUACCAUUUAUUGAUUGAAUGUUUGUAGUGUGUCCUGUAUGAUUUAUUGAUUUAGUGUUUGUAGUGUGUCCUGUAUGAUUUAUUGAUUUAGUGUUUGUAGUGUGCCCUGUACCAUUUAUUGAUUGAAUGUUUGUAGUGUGUCCUGUAUGAUUUAUUGAUUUAGUGUUUGUAGUGUGUCCUGUAUGAUUUAUUGAUUUAGUGUUUGUAGUGUGCCCUGUACGAUUUAUUGAUUGAAUGUUUGUAGUGUGUCCUGUACUAUUUAUUGAUUUAGUGUUUUGUAGUGUGUCCUGUAUGGUUUAUUGAUUUAGUGUUUGUAGUGUGUCCUGUAUGGUUUAUUGAUUUAGUGUUUUGUAGUGUGUCCUGUAUGAUUUAUUGAUAUAGUGUUCGUAGUGUGUCCUGUAUGGUUUAUUGAUUUAGUGUUUGUAGUGUGUCCUGUAUGAUUUAUUGAUAUAGUGUUCGUAGUG